UAAUUUCUUUUCGCUUUCAAAACUGAAGAUUUCACUCUACAACCUUUGAAUUAAUCGUGAAGAAGAACCGUUUCAAAGAAACCAGUUUACGCUAUGAUUUUCAAAUUUAUAUUUUACUCCCUGUAAAAGCAGAGGCGUUCAAAAUGGCAAGUUUAGCGUCAUCCUGGCAUAACACACACUUGUACUUCGGUUUGCCAUUAAGAAAAGCGCCAAGGAUUUUGACGUCAACGCGCAACGAGGUGUCGCCUCCCACUAGGAACCAGCAUCAUGGUUGGAAGUCCUCGGCGCAGAUGCGACUUCUGGAAAGGGACGUUCCGGCGCCUGUGACGCCGACGACGACAUCGAACCCGGGAACGCGUUGAUCAGCAGUUUGUGAGAUGUCGUCGACUCGAACGCAUACUCCUUAGCUCUGUACUUGUGUACGUGUGUUCCUUGUGUGCGUGCGUGUAUAAGUAGACAAGCAUGUGCAGAUUCAUGUUGCCGUGAAUAGUCAGGCACAGGACAGUCAUCGGGCGUCCGCGGCGAUUCCACCUGACAGACUGCCGCUAGGUAGGUCGAAGCGAGCAUCGAUACGAAAGCUAGUGAGCGCUUAAACGUCGGAAGCUUAAACACCGAUCUGAAUAAUAAGAAUCUUGUGAUAUAGAAGAACCAUCAUCAAUUGAGAAAACACCUUCGAUUUCGGAAGAAGCAAUACCGCAAUGACGCAUUGCGAACCUCGACGGAGAAGACCGACGUUUCGGGACAAUAUUUUGGAAGAACGCGGCCAAUGAAAACGUGCUUCGCGUGACAAUCGUACAACCUCUCGAAGGGGAAAGUAUCGAAAGUAGCUUUCGCUGGGAAUUUUGAAUUGUCUCCACGGUAUAUUCGUACUACCAGAAAUUCUACGUCUAAACGUUACAUCGACAUGGUGUCGUUGUUGCACGGUUGCGAUUCGUCACCGUUCCGUUUAUUCAUCGGCGUACAACGAUCAGCAACGUUGCAAGACGCGCGCGGUUCAUCGGAUGCCUAUUUUUGAUGUGCUGCUUAUUCGUCAACGAUCCCCUGCCACUUGGCAGGAAAGCAUCGCGUGAUCAUACCAAACGCGUAUUCCCAAUAUUUAUACUGUUAAUUAGUGAGUGCACAUUUCGGACAUUUUAUUACUUUGUUAGUUUACAAAGUGCUUCGCCUGCCGAGUUCUUCCGCAGAGUGAUCGUUGUCAAGAAGGAGAUAACCAAAUCACUGUCUUGUUUUUGUCUCUUAUUAUUGAACAUUUGCAUCCUAGCAUGACUCGAGUGGAAUAUUCCAUGUGCACGAUUACAAUGAGAAACGCACUCCAUGGAAACGAGACACUCGAUACUUUUUGUCUGAGUAUUUAAAUGGUAAUGCUUCUGGCAUUUCAGGUCCGAGGUGCUUCGUAUAUAAAAGAACGCCGGACACGGGCUGCAUUAUCUCUUGAUGCGUUCAAUGGUCGUCCGGCAUGUACCGAUAUAUUUGGAACUAAGGUUGAUCGUCAUGGUGCGUCGAUCCACCUACGAUCCUUUGACAUGCUAAUCGAGCAACUUGGCUUUUCAUCGGCGAGAAGCGAGCCAGGAAACGCAGUCAGAAUCGACGACGAAUCGAUAAAGUGGAGUGUGGCUUCCCGACGGUGGAGGAAUUCCAAAGCCUGACCACGCGGGGAUCAUACUCCUGUUCGAAUUUGAGGACGUGCGAAUCGCAAACUUAAUCAUGAUGAUAACCUGCUGGGUGUUGGCUGGUGUAUUUGGAGCUAUCGUGCUGCUCUAUAACCUAGUAGAAGUUCACUAUUUCUUGCGUAUGUGCUUGACCGUGUUCCUUGCACGCUUCUGCAAGAAGAAGGUUCAUAUCCUCGAUGAGACCACCGUUUACGGUAUUUGCACGACAACGGACGUGGACACAUUACUCUAUCAUAUGAACAAUGCGAGAUAUCUUCGCGAGAUCGAUUUCGCCAGGGCGGAUUUUUACGAAAGGACCAGCCUCUAUCGCGAGAUCUGUUCGCAAGGAUCGGGUGUCGUACAAGGAGCGUCGACCAUUCGUUAUCGCCGCUUCCUGAAACCUCUGUCCAUCUACAAAAUAACUUCUAAGAUAAUAUAUUGGGAUGAGAAGUCCGUAUUCAUGGAACAUCGGUUCAUCACUCCCAGCGACGGAUUCGUCAGGGCCAUCGCGAUGUGCAGACAAAGGCUUUUGGAUUGUAGCGCCGAGGCUGUGAUCGGUUCCCUUAUGGAACGAGGCGUCAAGCAGAACGGUAACGUGGAGGCGGGUGUAACUCAGAUACCUCAUGUCCGACCGCAGAUGCCACCGGAAGUCGCCAGGUGGUUGGAAAGUAACGAAAUUUCUUCGGCGAUGCUUCGUCAGAGCUCAGCAGCAACGACGAAUUGCUGACAAAAGGAGGAUACGGCGUCCUCCGCAAAUGGCGCCGUGUCCACUUCCGUCUAUUCGACUACGACCGUGUAAGGUCGAAGAUUCGAUCGAUGCCAGCUUUCGUUGGUCGUGAACGCAUUCAUAGAAUCUUCCAGUAGUUACUUUCUUGUUCGAACGAUAACGGCGAAUCAAUUUUUUUGGUGAACAAAUUACGAGUUAAGUUUGAAGCUUUUAUCGAUUGCAUUCCCGAUGGUUCGGUUGAGAAUUGAGGUGAAUAAUCGGUCAGCUUAAAAGUUGAUGCUUGUCUACCUAAAAAUUGGCUCAGCGUUAUUUGCAACGUAAUUCGGAUGCGUAAUCGUAUAUAUGUAUCCAAUGCCAAAGAAAAAAGGAACUCUUUCGGAUCGAUGAGAAACAGAAAUCUACAGUACAAAGGCCAAACAGAGACGCGGAAAUUAUUUUACUAGGCAAUGGUAUAUAUGGUAUAUACGUGACUAUCGGACAAGAUGUGUUUAAAUUCCUCAUGCGUGCGGGGAGGAACUUGCUAACAAACCGUUUGAUAUGCCAAUGAAUUCAAUGACUUUGAAAAUAAUUUACCAAAAGUCUUACUAGUAACCGUGGAACGGAUUGCUAGAAGGAUAAGGUCACAGAUUGUAGAUCGAUUACAUCCACUUCAAAGGAGCUUCCGAAAUUAAAAAGAGCACCGUUUGUUAAAUAUUCUCCGUUGAAAGUAAUCGCGAGACGCGUGGUGUUAUUUACAUUUUUUAUUAUAAUAUAUAUUAUAUAUGUAUAUAUAUACGUAUGUAUAUAAAUAUAUAUGUAUGUAUAUAUAAAUAUAUAUGUAUGUAUAUAAAAAAAUAUAUAUAUAUAUAAAUUAGCGACUGGCGCCGGUAAUGAUUUCCACGAGAAAACAAUGUAGAAUUCUCCCGAGGAGCUGCUUUGCUGCAGGAUGGUAGAGAUAGAACAACAAUAUAUUUACAAGCGCGUUAAGCGGCGAAUGUUUAUACCUCUAUAACGUAUUACAGGUGCCUUCACAUAAAUCAUGGUGGAUAUUCGCGCGCCUGCGAUUGUCGAGCACUCAGACUGUGACAUUCGCUUAUCGAUAUGGUUACCGUGUUUGCCAUACAUCAGUUCGUUGUGAUUCUAUUAUAAAUUUCACUUGCUUGUUAUUAUUAUGUUUUUAGUAAUAUAUAGAAUGCCCGCGAAAUUGCGAGUUAGUUGUAAGCGGCUCGCAUAUGAUCGAUUUGUUGAAAUCCUUAUAUACAAUCCUUAUUACCGACGCCAUUUGCAUGGGUGAAUCCAUAAAGUAUAUCCUAUUUGAAUUUCGAAAUAAAUUGGUAUCCGUAGUAUGGUUAUUAAGUAGCCGAUGACGUAGCGAGUCUUUAACAGCUAAAUAGCAUUGUGCACGUACUAUGCGUGAAAACGUUAUUAUAAUUCUAGAUGAUAAUAAUGUCAUUUUUGUCACAUAAUACUAUGUUGGAUCAUGUCGUUGAAAAUACCAUUACCCAGGAGUAAGAAUAAAUAUUCCUUAGAUGGCUAAUGUUUCUUCGUUGGAAAGCACA